UUCUUUUUUCUUCACAAUGAUCGUUCUAUGCUUUCGAUUAGUCAUAUGACUCAUAUGUCACUCAAUAAAAAGUCAAAACAUUAAAUAAUAAAUAGUGGAAGUAUUUUUUGAAUCUAAAUAUCAUUAAUAUAACAAUGUCUGUCAGUCAAGACAAUCGACCAGAGUUGUACGAGGAGGUGAAACUUUAUCACAAUGCCAGGGAAAGGGAAAAGUACGACAAUAUGGCUGAUUUGUAUGCUGUCAUCAACACCUUGCAGCAAUUGGAAAAGGCCUACAUAAGAGACUGUGUUACACCAAAAGAAUAUACCGGUGCUUGCAGUAAAUUGUUGGUACAGUAUAAAUCUGCAUUUCGGCAAGUCAAAGAAGAAUUUCCUACUGUUGAAGCUUUUGUGAGAAAAUACAGAUUAGAUUGUCCAGCAGCAUUAGAAAGGAUAAGAGAAGAUAGGCCAAUUACUAUCAAGGAUGAUAAGGGGAAUACAAGUAAAUGUAUUGCAGAUAUUGUGUCUCUCUUCAUAACAGUUAUGGAUAGACUCCGUUUGAAUUUGAAAUCAGUAGAUGAACUGCAGCCUGAUUUAAGAGACUUGGCAGAUACAAUGAAUAGACUUAGUAUUCUACCUGCCGAUUUUGAAGGAAAGGAGAAAGUUGGAGAAUGGUUAGCAACUCUAAACUCCAUGCAAGCUUCUGAUCAGUUGUCUGAUGCCCAAGUGAGGCAACUUCUUUUUGAUCUAGAGAGCUCCUACAGUGCGUUCAACAAAAUGUUGCAUAACUCAUAAUAAAUUUAUAUAUUUAUCAUGAAUUUAAUUUUUAUGUAGUAUAUUUUAAUCACCUAUUGAAAAGUUAAAAGUUAUUAAUAUAAAAAGGUAAUAAAUUAUCUUUAAAAUUC